AUGACUGUUCAAAGAAGUACAACUGAGAAAGAUUGCGUAGAUAUUUGUGAGGAGAAAAAAGUUUCUCUUAGCAUUUCCACAGAUGGCAGUACAGUUCAGCUUGAUCCAGAAAAGUUGUUGAAUGCAUUCGGAAAGUACGGAAAGCAUCAGAUGCGUUCAUAUAUACUUCUUGCGAUUACUGCUCUAUUUUACUCAUCACACAUACUUAUUAUGGGUUUUAUCACGCAAAUUCCGCCUUUCCGUUGUAGUUUCACUCAGUUAAACAUCUCAGAACAAAAAAGUUAUCAAAUGCUUGACAGUUGUAAUGUACUGGAGCAUGAGACUGGCAACAUACUUCAGUGCUUAAAUGUAUAUAAUUCAAAAUACAUUUAUGAAGAAAAGGCGCCAUUUUCAACGUUAAUUUCUGAGUUCAAUUUGGUAUGCAACGAUGAGCACUGGGCAGAGCAUGGAUCUUCAUUGUUUAUGCUAGGCAAGUUUAGUGGACUUUUCAUACCUCUGGUCACUCAACUAUCUGAUUUAUACGGUCGACGUAAAGUGCUGUUGUUCACAAUGUGGAUUUCAUCUAUUACAGCAUUUGCUUGUUCCCUCGCGCCAACUAUUUUAACAUUUUUAAUUUUUCGUACAAUUUUGGGUAUUACUAUUUCGGGUGCUUUUACUGUAGUUUGGAUUCUGUGUUGUGAAUUAGUAGCAGUGGAAUUUCGUUCUCUUAUUCCGAUAGCUUUUACAGUCACGUGGGUGUUGGGUAUUUUGAUUGUUGGCAUUCUGAGAAUAUGGAUUCUCAGCUGGAGAUGGCUGUAUUUUGUUUUGUCUCUUCCAAGUCUGCUGACUAUUUCGUACCACUGGUUUGUACCUGAAUCCCCGUACUGGUUGAUUGGUCACAAUCUUCAAAAAGAUAUUGAAUUGUACAUCAAAGAGGUUUCUCAUUGUAAUAAAGUGUGCAUUGACGUGAGAAAAUGUGAAUCAAAUUUUCAACAACGUGAAAAUGACAAGUCGCGGACAAUAAUUGAUAUUUUUCGCAAUAAAGUGGCACUUUUUCAUCUAUGUGUUCAAUGUUAUGUAAUGAUGGCAAUGAAUUUAUCGUACUUGACAAUGGCAUUAAUGAGUGUAACUCUCAGUGAAGACACUUUCAGUGGAUACUUUUUGUCAGGAUUCAGUGAAUUACCUGGUGGUUUGUUAGCUGUGCUACUAUUACAGAAAUUUGGUCGACGACCUGUUAGUGCUUGGUCUUUUCUAAUGCAAUCAGUGUUUCAAAUAUUGGCUUUACUUUUUCGAGAUUUUAAAGAGUUACAAAUUGGAUUUGCUAUAAUUGCUAGAUUUUUGAAUAGUGUUAUUUGGGUAUCACAGCCAUUACUGCUUGCUGAAAUGAGUCCCACCACAGUACGCAACACUUUUUAUGGCUUUGUACAAACCUUCGCUGUAAUUGGUUCCAUUUCCGCUUCUUAUCUAUCUAUUCUUAAAAGUGCUAGUGCCCAGACACCUGCAGCAAUAGUGGCAGGAGCUUCCUUCAUCGCAGCAUUACUUAUGCUUACAGCACCUGAAACCAAGAAUCGUUCUAUGCCGGAAGACUUGAAUCAGUUGGAUCCAGGAUGUUUUUUGAGAUUACUUGGAUGUGGAUACCAGAAGAAACAUAGAGGAUCAAUAACUCCUGAUGAUGAGCAAGAAGCAACUUCUCUCUUCACUUUUUCUCAUUGUCAACAAACCUUAACGUUUACUUCUUCAUGA